GUGAUUGGCUGCAAGGGGUUGAAUGUAAGAUGGCGCCCAGGGAGCUGUGAGGGGAAAAGACUCGGGGCCGAGGCGGCGGCGGCGACAGGGCCGGGAACGUUACAAGUCUAAGAGCUCAGGACAAGAGCAGCAGAAAUACAUGCAACAUGGUGACUGGAACCCUGAGGACCUUGCAAUAUGAAUAAUUCUCUGGAGAACACCAUUUCCUUUGAAGAAUACAUCCGUGUGAAGGCGCGAACUAUCCCCCAGCACAGGAUGAAGGAGUUUCUAGACUCCCUUGCUUCCAAAGGGCCAGAAGCCCUCCAGGAGUUUCAGCAGACAGCCACUACCACAAUGGUGUAUCAGCAGGGUGGCAACUGCAUUUACACGGACAGCACAGAGGUGGCUGGGUCUUUGCUUGAACUUGCUUGUCCUGUGACAACCAGUAUCCAGCAACAAACUCAGCCAGAGCAGCAGAUACAGGUUCAGCAACCCCAGCAAGUCCAGGUUCAGGUUCAGGUCCAGCAGUCACCGCAGCAGGUGUCCGCCCAGCAGCUCUCUCCACAGCUCUCUGUCCAUCAGGCUUCGGAGCAGCCAAUACAGGUCCAAGUGCAGAUCCAAGGCCAGGCACAGCAGCAGGCAUCCCAGACAAUACAGAGUCAGUCUCUUCAGAGCCCCAGCCCAUCGCAGCUGCAGGCAGCUCAGAUCCAAGUGCAGCACGUGCAGACUGCCCAACAGAUCCAGGCUGCAGAGCUACAGGAGGAACACAUACAACACCAGCAGAUCCAGGCCCAGCUUGUGGCAGGACAGGCCAUUACUGGUGGCCAGCAGAUCCAGAUCCAGACAGUUGGUGCACUGUCACCCCCACCUUCUCAACAAGGCUCCCCACGAGAGGGAGAGAGGCGGAUCAGCUCUGCGAGUGUCCUUCAGCCAGUGAAGAAACGUAAAGUGGAUAUGCCUAUUACUGUAUCGUAUGCUAUUUCAGGGCAGCCAGUUGCCACAGUGCUGGCCAUCCCUCAGGGCCAGCAGCAAAGUUAUGUCUCUUUAAGGCCAGACUUGUUAACAGUGGACAGUGCCCACCUGUACAGUGCCACUGGGACCAUUACUAGCCCCACUGGAGAGACGUGGACCAUCCCUGUUUACUCUGCUCAACCACGUGGUGACCUUCAGCAGCAAAACAUAACCCACAUUGCCAUCCCUCAGGAGGCCUAUAAUGCCGUCCACGUCAGUGGCUCACCCACAACACUGGCUACAGUGAAGCUGGAAGAUGACAAGGAUAAGAUGGUGGGAAGUACUUCGGUAGUGAAGAACUCUCAUGAGGAAGUGGUGCAGACUCUUGCUAAUUCGAUCUUUCCAGCACAGUUUAUGAAUGGCAACAUCCACAUUCCAGUGGCAGUGCAGGCUGUGGCAGGGACAUACCAGAAUACAGCACAGACAGUGCACAUAUGGGACCCACAGCAGCAACAGCCGCAGCCCACACCCCAAGAGCAGGGGCAGCAGCAGCAGCUACAAGUCACUUGCUCUGCUCAAACUGUUCAGGUUGCUGAAGUUGAACCACAGCCACAGCCACAGACUUCACCUGAACUUCUACUUCCAAACUCUCUGAAGCCAGAAGAAGGUCUUGAAGUGUGGAAAAGCUGGGCACAGACCAAGAAUGCAGAGCUGGAAAAAGAAGCUCAAAAUAGACUAGCACCCAUUGGAAGGCGUCAGCUGCUGAGGUUCCAGGAAGAUCUCAUCUCUUCUGCUGUGGCUGAGCUGAAUUAUGGUCUGUGCUUAAUGACACGAGAAGCUCGGAAUGGUGAUGGUGAACCCUAUGAUCCAGAUGUGCUCUACUAUAUCUUCCUGUGUAUUCAGAAGUAUCUCUUUGAAAAUGGUCGAGUUGAUGACAUCUUCUCGGAUCUCUACUAUAUUCGGUUCACUGAAUGGCUGCAUGAAGUUCUUAAGGACAUACAGCCCCGUGUUUCACCUCUUGGUUAUAUCCUCUCCAGUCAUGUAACAGAAGAGAUGCUGUGGGAGUGUAAGCAACUUGGAGCUCACUCCCCUUCCACCUUGCUCACUACACUGAUGUUUUUUAACACAAAAUACUUCCUGUUGAAAACAGUAGACCAGCACAUGAAGCUGGCCUUCUCCAAGGUGCUGAGGCAGACCAAGAAGAACCCUUCUAAUCCCAAGGAUAAAAGCACGAGUAUCCGCUAUAUGAAGGCUCCAGGCAUGCACCAGACAGGACAGAAAGUUACAGAUGACAUGUAUGCAGAGCAGACUGAGAAUCCAGAGAACCCCCUGAGGUGUCCGAUAAAGCUGUAUGACUUCUACCUCUUCAAAUGCCCCCAGAGUGUGAAAGGCCGGAAUGACACAUUUUACUUGACACCGGAGCCAGUGGUGGCCCCCAACAGCCCUAUCUGGUAUUCCAUCCAGCCGAUCAGCAGAGAGCAGAUGGAGCAGAUGCUCACCCGGAUCCUGGUGAUACGAGAGAUUCAGGAAGCUCUUGCCGUGGCUAAUGCCAGCACCAUGCACUAAGGCAUCCUUCGUGGCUCAGAUGGGGUGGGGCAGGGUGAUGGGGGAGGGACAAGCAAAGAGAAAUUGUACAGACUUUUACACUAAAGGAGAUGCCUAAGUUUUUGGUUUUUUAUUGGUGUAGUUAUGAAGCCCUUUUAGGCUUCUUCUCUUUAAAAGAAUCUAAAGGAAAACCUACCCAUUGUGUAUCCUACCCAACACACCAAACUGUUGGAACCAUUGGAGGCUGCAUAUCCCCUGCGAGCUGGGAGCUAUGGAAAGCUGCUGGUUGACUCUGGGUUUUUUUAUGAUGUAGAAAACAUGAACUACAGGAUGGGCCUGGUUGGCUGGGGCCUCUGUCUCCUUGGAGCACGUGCAGCCUAGAGGGCACAGAAUGAUGGAUGGACCUGCUCAGCCAGUGGAGGAGAGGCAGGCAUCUUUUCUUGUGCUUGGACGUUAAUUUGCUGUUAUCUUGGAAGAAAGAGGAGAGAGUGAACUGCAAUUAUGAUUUAUACAAAAAAACAAACAAACAAACCAACAAUUUCUAUUCAGACCUUUAAGUGACAUUUUUAGAUGUUAAAAGUACAAACUUUACCACACUCUUCUUUUUUGGCCUAACAUUGAGGCCUUAAACCUUGAGGCUUCUGUGCCUGAUGGAAUUCUUGUAACAUACACUUGUGUAUCAUAUAAAGAUACCACCCUGUUUCUCUUAUGUAUUCUUACUCUAGUUGUUUAUUAAGAAUGACGAGCACGUCUUUUCAACA